GGUCGUCGGAGAAGUUGAGUUUCCGGCGAGAUUUUUUUUCAUAAAUCUUGGCCGGAAGCUCAUUAGCAAAUAUGGAUUCGGCCAAGGAUAAAUUUCAUAAAUCUUUGCCGGAAUCUCAUCCCCAAAUGAUUUUGCUCGAUUCCACCAAAGAUAAUAAACAACAGUCUUCUCCACCUACUUCACCACCACCAGACACAUCACCUCCACCAUCAUCGCCGCCUCCUUCAUCACCUCCGCCAUCAUCACCACCUCCAGACACAUCACCUCCGCCAGCAUCACCGCCUCCAAAGGAUUCAUCACCCCCACCAUCAUCACCGCCUCCAAAGGAUUCAUCACCCCCACCAUCAUCACCGCCUCCAAAGGAUUCAUCACCCCCUCCAUCAACCUCACCGCCUCCAAAGGAAUCAUCACCUCCGCCAUCAUCACCACCUCCGUCGUCGUCGUCGUCCCCGCCUCCCUCUUCCCCAUCACCGGACAAACCAUCCUCGCCACCUCCCGGCUCGUCCCCACCCCCUCAACAAUCUUCCCCUUCGCCUCCAAAAUCCGGAACCCCACCCCAAAAUGGAUCACCGUCGCCACCUCCCUCACCGGACUCAUCAAAACAGGCGUCGCCGCCGCCAUCACAAUCACGAUCCCCAUCUCCUCCCGGUGAUGAUGGCUCUCCGCCACCAACUUCUGCAAAUAGUAGUAGUAGUCCUGCUCCACCGGGGACGGUUUUUUCUCCACCGCCACCACUUUCUUCAGAAAGACCUUCAUCUUCAUCAUCCCCAGGUACAUUUUCGCCUCCGUCUACAGAUGAUGGGGAUGCACCAGUGAAGUCACCGCCUCAUUCGUCGUCAAAUAAUUCUUCGAAUUCUAGUGGCACCGGGGAGCAAUCGAGUUCUAGUUCAUCGGAUUCCUCAAAUAAUAGUACUAUUAUUGCUGCAGCUGUAAUUGGGGGUGCAUUGGUUCUGGUUAUGAUCAUCCUUCUUAUAGUGUGUGUCACCAAGAAGAACAAGAAAAGGUCCUACUACAGGAGUCCUGCUAGUGCCACCUCCGGACCUACUCCUCCUAGAGGUGGUGAUCAAUACGGGUAUACCCAAGAUUGGCAGCAGUGGAACGACACAUCCCAAUCUGUAGACCAUGUUGUGAAGCUUCCUCCGCCACCAGGUUUGAUGGGUACACCCAUAGGUACCCAUGUUGGUGGGUGGGGUCAACCACCUCCACCGCCGUCGGGAAAUAUGACGAACGAUUAUGCCACCUCCGGCCCACAUCAGACGCCCUUGCCGCCUCCGUCGCCGCACUUGGGACUAGGACUCACUAAGAACACCUUCACUUACGAGGAGCUAGCGGCUGCCACAAAUGGAUUUUCUGAGAAAAAUCUGCAAGGUCAAGGCGGAUUCGGGUACGUACACAAAGGUGUGUUGCCUAAUGGAAAGGAGGUGGCUGUCAAGAGUUUGAAGUCCGGUAGUGCACAAGGAGAGCGGGAAUUCCAGGCUGAGGUUGAGAUCAUUAGCCGUGUUCAUCAUCGACAUCUUGUUUCGCUUGUCGGAUAUUGCAUUGCUGGUGAGCAGAGGAUGCUGGUCUAUGAAUUUGUUCCAAAUCAAACCUUAGAGUUCCACCUUCAUGGAAAGGGUCAGCCGACUAUGGAUUGGUCGACUAGGCUUCGUAUUGCAUUGGGAUCAGCCAAAGGGCUUGCUUAUCUUCACGAAGACUGCCACCCCCGAAUUAUCCAUCGUGACAUCAAAGCUGCAAAUAUUCUACUGGACAAUAAAUUUGAAGCCAUGGUGGCAGAUUUUGGAUUGGCUAAACUUAAUAACGACAAUAAUACUCAUGUCUCUACACGUAUCAUGGGCACAUUUGGGUACCUUGCUCCAGAGUAUGCAUCAAGCGGCAAGCUGACAGAGAAAUCUGAUGUUUUCUCAUAUGGAGUGAUGCUCUUAGAACUCAUAACGGGACGCCGACCCGUGGAUACUACUAACAAAAUUAUGGAAGACUGCUUAGUAGACUGGGCUAGGCCAAGUCUGACUGUGGCAUUGGAAAAUGGCAACUAUGAGGAACUGGUAGAUCCAAACUUAGAAGGUAAGUACGACCCCGAUGAGAUGGCACGCAUGUGUGGCUGUGCUUCUGCUAGCAUCCGUCAUUCUGCCAGAAGGCGCCCCAAAAUGAGCCAGAUUGUACGAGCAUUAGAAGGUGACUCGUCCAUGGAUGACUUGAAUGAUGUUGGAAAAUCUCGGCAGGGCUCUGUAAAAUACGAUUCGUCUUCAUACGAUUCUGACAUGUCUAAGUUUAAGAAAAUAGUAACAUCAAGCCAAGAGUUCGAAAGCAGCGAAUAUGGAGCCCCGAACGAUUCCGGAGUUGAUCGUCCAUCGUUUGCAAGUAACGAAUCCAGAGAAAUGGGUCAAUCUACAAGAACAAAUAAAAUGAAACUAUAGAGCAACACACACAUAUAUUAACUAUGUAUAUAGGCACAAAAGCAUGAGAUAAUUGAAUUAAUCCAAUUAGAUCGAAGUGCCAAAAUGUUUAACUGAAGUGUAAAACCGAAUUAGUCUCGUUCACUUGAUGCAAUAAACAUGAGAUUCGUGCGAGUCCCGCUCUAUUUCAUCAUUUUGAUGAUAGUGAUUCGGUUUUCAACUUUGGUUAAACAGUUAGGUGAAAAAUAAAUAUUUUAAUCGAAUUAAUUCAUGUGCAUUUUGUGCACGAAAUAUCUAUAUUGUGCACAUCAAGAUGAGUUAAUCUAAUUCCGGAAGGAAAAAAAAAAAAAGAAAAGAAAAAAAAAAAUUUGAUCGAGAUACUUUGGAUGGAAUUUCUCCAUCAGUUCUAUAUAUAGAUUUGUAUUAGAAAAUGCUUUUACAUAAAUCAUAUAUAUAUGUAUGUGUGUGUGUGUGUGUGUGGAAGCCAAACUGGCUUCUUUAUAUGUUGAAAUUGAGUGACUUAUUCUAGUUUAUGUAAUUGGGAUUA